GAUGUGACGACGGGUGUCUCCAGGGAGUUCCCGGAAGCGUUACACAGGUGUAAGGGCCGGGGGUCACGUGAGCAGCCGUGUGGGCGGAGCCGGCGAGUUUCGGGCAGGUGAGGAGGUGUCUGGGAAUCGAUACAUUGAUGGGCUGCGGUGAUCUGUGACAGCUGCUCCCGCUGGCUCGGUUAGUGUACGUCUGUCACCGAUGGAUUCUCCCGUAUUUCCAGUCCUGCUCACAGCUGUCACCUACCUGUCACUGGUUCUGGCUUCCAAUGAUACCACUACACCGUCCCCGAACCGGCUAACGGAACCUGAGCGACUGGCGGCCAUUAUUGUCCCAUCAGUGGUGGGCGGACUUAUUUUAAUCGGCAUUCUCGCCUUCAUCAUCGUGAAGGUAAAGGAGAAGCGGCAGACAGAGGGGACGUACAAGCCAAGCAACGAAGAGCAGGUGGGAUCCAGGAUGCCACCCAACAGCGCCUUGAAACUUCCUCCCGAGGAACGGCUGAUAUGAGCGGCUUCCUUCCUGUCCUGAGGACGGACUUCCAUUUCAAGGAGGGGGGAGUGACUGAUACC